AUGGUUUACCGAACCUUACAAUCAUGUCUCGACUCUAAUCUCGUCGACCAAAGAACCUUCAUUUUCCCUCCCUUUGAUCUCCCUUUAAAACCCUCUUUUCCCGAUUCUUCUAAAACCUUGAUUCAAUCCGAUUCCGAUCAAUGCCAGAUUCAAAAUAGUUCUCCCCCCAAUUCCGGCGGCUCCACUGGAGGAUGGACUUUCCUUCAAUCCCUCGAUGCUGGACAAACUCCGGUGAGUAAACCAGAAUCUGUUUAUGUUCACCCACUUGCUAAACGGUUUAACCCAACUGGCCUGAGCGACAAAAGCUUGAAACUAUGUACUGAAAAUCUGGGUAAUGAAACCGGCAGUGAUAUAAUUGAGAAUAAUAUGUUCUCGCCGGAGACUGACGGUGAGGAUUUGCAGAGGAAAUGGGAAAGAAAAUCCCAUUCUCAUUCUCAUUCUCAUUCCCAUGAGUUUCCACCUCCGUUGACAACAAUUAGUGAAACAGAGUCGUUUAGGGUGAUGCCCCACCGGGAAGAAGGUAGGCUGAUAAUUGCAGCGGUGAGAGCUCCGGCUAGGCUUCCAUGUUUUCAGGCCGAGAGAAGCGACGGCCGAUUGAGGCUCUGUUUUGUGAAAACAGAGGAAAGUGAAGAAAUGGACGGCUGCGAUGAGGUCGGAGAAGAAACAGAGACGGUGGUGAUGAUGAAGAAGGAAGGAAAUGGAGAGAACAACGGACGAGUAAAUUUGGAGCAAUUUAGUAUUGCUACUUUUUAA